UUUUGAUUCUCGUUGGUCUUAUUCAAAUCAUGUCUGCACAAGAUACCGAGUUGACUGCGGCGUGGGCGUCCAUUCGCUGCGGCUUCCUGACCCAGGAGCAGCCCGAGCUCAUUGUUGUCGACGCAGACUCGCAGAUCGUCUCUGCCUGCAAGACACUCGCCGACAAUGGCAUCUCGUCCGCACCCGUGUUUGACAGCGCAAAGAACUCGUACUUGGGCAUGCUCGAGUACGCCGAUCUCGUUGCGCUUGUCCUUGCUGCCAAGCAGCGCUCUCACCUGCCCGAAGGCAACGAGAGCCUCGAGAAUUACAUCUCGCAAGGCGGCCAGUUCCAAGUUGCCGUCCGUCACGCCGUUGACAUUUCCGAGCGCAACCCUUUCUACUCGCUCUUCCCCGAGUCCACCCUCCUGAACGCGGUCCAGGUGUUUAGCUCUGGCGCUGUUCGUCGCAUUGUUGUCAUGUCUGGUGAUGGCAAGCUGCACGGCAUCAUCUCGCAGACGACUGUUCUGCGCUUUGUCCACGACCACCUUCUGAGCCAAAUGGACGGCAUCGUUCGCCAAACUCUCGAGCAACUCAACAUUGGAUCGCAGCCCGUGGUCCAGCUCAAUGGCAACGCCCCUGUUAUUGACGCUCUCGAGCUCAUGCACACCCACAAGUUCUCGAGCGUCGCCCUUGUCGAGUCGGACGGCACCAUUUCUGGCAACAUUUCUCUGUCGGACGUCAAGCUGCUCUUCCGCAAGCGAAGCCUUGGUCUGCUCAGCCACUCGUGCCGCACUUACGUUGCCACCAUCCGACAGGAGGAGAUCCGACAUGCUUCCCCCGAGCACCCCGAGGCCUCGACCGCCAAAUGGCCCUACUGGAGCGUGCCCGUGACGGCCACCUUGCACUCGGUCAUUCUCAAGAUGGUUGCCACCCGCUCCCACCACAUCUUUGUGAUUGACGCCCACAAGCGACCCAUCCGCAUUGUUUCUGUCGGCGACGUUUUGCGCGCACUUACUCCCCGCGAGUAAUUUUGUGACGCCCGCCCACACACAAAUAAGAGUGGCAAAGAAACGCGAGUUGCUCGUGUGCGAAUCGUAACGUUGUCAGUUGCUUGGUUGUUAUUUGUUUCCGUGCUCCGACCCUCGGUUAGAAUGGACUUAUGAAGGCUUGCACAAAAAAAGCUUGUUUGGUCUACAGUAGCUUCCAGACUGUACUUUGUUGUACAAAAAAAAAAAAAAAAAAAACGCAACAUGCAAACAACAACAA